AUGGCGCCUCUAAGCAACAUAGAGGAACAUAGAGGAAAACCAUAUUUGCAUCCGCGGAAACAGCCUCGCUUCAGAAACUGGGACAAAAACGUAUCAGGAGUGGAAUUGCGGCAUUUGCGGAGCCAAAGCCUUUCAGACGAACAGGUGAUUCAGGUGUCUCGGACGGAGUGGCUGUUGUCCUCCGAGGAAGAGGGCAAAGUGUACGCCGUGGAAAGGGUUUUGCAGGACGACGAGGCGCUAAUCGACGCGCACAACGCGUCUUGCGAAUUUUGGGGCGUGGACGACGUCUACAACGUGAAUGAAGGCUACUGCAGGUCGUGCUUUAUCUGCUGUCAUGCGUACAACUGCGACUGUCGCGACGAGCACCCGAUUUGCAAGCACAUUCACAAGGUGCACGCUUACAAUGAGAAAAAAUUAGACGAGCAGAGACCACACGACGUGCAAAAGACAAUUGAAAAGGAUUUCGAAAUUUUGCAGCAAAUUAAAGAGUGCAUUAAAGAAGAGGAUAAGAUCCAUUUUUGUCUAUUUGUUAGUGACUUUGUGCGAAAAUUGCAAGAAAAUUUCAAUUUAAAAUAAUAAAAAUUGUUUAAACUUGUGUUGUAGUAGUUUAUAGUUAAUUUUAUUACUAAAACAUGCCUAUAGUCUGUAAUUUUCUUUCGAUUUGUGGCGAUGUUUAACCCUAUUUCUACCAAAUAAUAUUUUUGUUAUUGAGCUGAUCCGCAAUAAAAUUUAUUUCAUGGU